UUUUACGGUAAUGGCUUCGGUUUCAUCUUCGUUUUCCUUUUCACUUUCUGUUUCCGAUUCUGUGAACUUAGUCACGGAUUAUCUGAACAGUUCAUCUCCGACAAAAUAAUAGAUAUGGUAUUUACAUAGUCUCACUCUUUUUAAUAUUUUUCACCUCGUUAAUACAACCUUUCUCCAUAUUUCAGAUUUUUACGGUGUAUGGACAUUCGUGUGCGGCUUCGGCCUUGGUUAGAAAGUCGACUAAACGACGGAUGGAUCGAAGGACUAAAAUGGGUCGAUAGGGAGAAGGGGAUAUUUAGAAUCCCAUGGAAGCAUCAUAGUAAGCACACAUGGACGGAAGAUGAUGCUGCCAUAUUUAAGGACUGGGCUGUUGUUACCGGGCGUUAUCGGGAAGGGAUUGACACACCUGACUGGCCCAUGUGGAAAACUCGGCUACGUUGUGCACUAAACAAAGCACCUGAUAUCCAAGAGGUUAAACAGCGUCACAACUUACACUGUGAAGAACCUUUUAAAGUAUAUCGCUUUGUGAGCAAAACGGAGUCACUAUGGCGAGCAAAUGCAAUUAGGAAUGCCAGCAUGAUCUUUGAUGGUAUACAGGCAGAAUGCAGAUAUGGUUCAUGGAGUGGACCGAACGCUAACAGCUCCCCAAUGCAUUCUCCGAUCCCACUCCCAAGACGACCUACACUGAUUGUCCAGAAGUUGUCGGGACUCAAAUCUAAUUCCCGUCGGUUUGCUUUGAUCCGAAGGGGUGAUGUUCAGCAUGUGCAGUCCACUUAUCGCCAUGCUUACAUACUACAAGGUUAUCAGCCUAAUCCACACAGAAUUCAUCACAAUUCUACUAGCGUGAAUGCUAGUCAGAGACUGGAGUCCGAUAAUGAAAGCAUGAACCUAAACAGUUGCGUCAACUUGUCGCCAAAUUAUGCCGAAUGUCAAGCUCCAAACAAUGCCAUUAUAAGUGGCGGCAUAUCUCUUCCUAAUCGUUUUAUCCCGGGGAUUGGUUCAGUAGAUCAACCUGCUCAGUUGUUGCCUGAUAUUAUGGAACCGGAAUACCACCAGUUGGGUGUACGUAUCCAGCAUCUAAGUGUCCGUGUUAGGGACACAAUAGUUACCAAUCCAAAUGGCUGUUGUAUUUACUACGGAAGAUUUGAUGAGAUCAGCUCACCUGCUGCUCCUGAUCCUAUUGAAGCACAGAUCCCACAUCAAAUUUCUGUAGCCAACAAGGCCUAUGUCGAUCUCUUGUUAGAUAAUAUGGUCAGGGGAAUCAUACUAACAGUUAUCCGUGGUAGUAUUUACGCUGAAAGGAUAUGCAAAUGUGCUGUUUUUGUGUAUAUUCCAACUGUAGAUGGAGAAUACAUCUUGGCGAGGAAGCUUGGACGUCGGUUACAGGAAAAAAUAUUCGACUAUGAUCAGUUUUUGUUUCAUCUGGAUUCAUAUCGUCAAAAUCAACAGUCGCGUCCUCAUUUCGAAGUUGUACUGGCAUUUGGUCAGCAACUGAAACCUGGAAUAUCUACUGAUAGCCUGCUGGUAUGGGCUCGUAUCGCUAGCUGUCGUGCUUGGUUCCAGUUACACAAAGCUCAUACACUCACACCAAGUUAUGGUGAAUGUAACAGUGUUCAUUUAAGUAAUCCACUAUGUCCUGUAUACCACCAUCAUAAUGAAAACUCAGAACAGUCAGAGUGUGUUCUUAACCGAUUUUCCGUUAGUCAGAAUAUGAAUGGAUGCAGUAAUUACAAUGGAAAUCAAACUAUUUUAAAAUCUGAAGAUGAUUCUGUCAGUGAACAUAUUAUCCCUACGAUUAAUUUUACAGACUCUCUAGAUCCUGAUAGUAUUGUCACUGAACAGAUAAUUGAAGAAGGAGUUGAAGUCCCUUUGGAUGAUACUGAUGAUUUAGCUUAUAGUGCUUCCGGUUCAGUAUUACAAGAAAAUCUCAUAGUUUGUGUUGCAUCUCAAGAUGUUGGUUCAGUCCCUAUGUGUACUUCGAGUUCUUCAGCUGCUCAAGAUGUGUUCCUAGGUAAUAUUAAUCCAAUCGAUAUCAAAUCCCACCCACUACUGAAUGUCCAUGAAGAGAUUACAGAGAAAUACAAUUUACAGUCCAAACAAUGAUGAAGUUACCUACAAAGCUGUAUAGAUUUGGUAGUUUCUUGACUUUAUUUUAUUAUUAGAACCUGUUGACAGACAGGUAAAUGUGAUAGGCCCGCUAAUAUUUGUUUUUACAUAUAUGUUUACAUCAAUCAUUUUUUUCUAUUUUAUGUUACUGUAAAAUAUAAUUUUCAAUCUUUUCCUUGUUUUGUUCACUGAUAUUAACACAAUUUUAUAAAAAAAAGUAGUAUACACUGAUCAACUUGGAAAUUGUAUGAAAUCAUGAACCUGUUUGGUAGUUGAUGUCCCAGUAUUUGUAUCAAUAAAGUAGUCUGAACUUUUUUAAUUAUUAGUUGAUUUUCAAUCACGUUCAUCAAAUCGUCGA